GGGUCAUUUCACAGGCUCACAGGGUUGGGCUCAAGUCUCAACCAGCUCCGCGUGUGUGGGGGGAUUUCUGCCAAAGUGGAACCGGGGAGGCAGCGAGACUGGGACUGGUGCGUAGUGGAGGAGCUGAUUUCUCCAAGCGGGCAGUGGCAAUGGCGUGCUACGCCGCUCUCCUGCACCAGCCGCCCGCCUCGCCGUCCCCGUGCACCUCAGGCCGCGCCGGCUCCUGCCGUGUCCAUCCGCCCCCACUCCUCCAGCGCCGAGCCCUUCCCCUGUCUGUGCGCGCUCGGAUCUCCCCCCGCUGCUCCUACGCCGCAGCCGGAGAAAGCGCCGGAGCGGGCGCCGGGGAACAGCCCGCGGCGGCGCUCCGGAGAGUGCUGGGGACGCCGGGCGCCCACCAGGCGCCCGCUUGCUACGACGCGCUCAGCGCCCGCCUCGUCGAGCGCGCGGGGUUCAGGGCCUGCUUCACGAGCGGCUUCUCAAUAUCUGCUGCAAGGCUUGGAUUGCCAGAUGUUGGUCUCAUCUCCUAUGGUGAAAUGAUAGAUCAAGGGCGUUUAAUCACUGAAGCAGUAUCGAUACCUGUCAUUGGUGAUGCUGAUAAUGGUUAUGGAAACUGUAUGAAUGUCAAGAGGACAGUGAAAGGAUUUAUUAAUGCUGGUUUUGCUGGAAUUAUUCUUGAAGAUCAGGUGUCACCAAAAGCAUGUGGACAUACACAAGGAAGGAAAGUUGUCUCAAGAGAGGAAGCGAUUAUGCACAUAAAAGCCGCUGUAGAUGCCAGGAAGGAGAGUGGCUCUGACAUUGUUAUUGUGGCAAGGACAGAUUCUCGUCAAGCUUUGUCUCUUGAUGAAGCGUUAUGGAGAGCACGAGCUUUUGCUGAUGCUGGAGCAGAUGUUCUAUUUAUUGAUGCCCUUGCCUCAAGGGAAGAGAUGAUGGCGUUUUGUGCAGUUUCACCUGGAGUUCCAAAAAUGGCCAACAUGUUAGAAGGUGGUGGUAAAACUCCUAUAUUGAGCCCUCUUGAACUUGAAGAAAUUGGUUACAAAAUCAUAGCCUACCCAUUAUCUCUAAUUGGGGUAUCAAUGCGUGCAAUGGAGGAUGCUCUUGUUGCUAUAAAAGGUGGCCGCAUACCUCCUCCAAGUAGCUUGCCAUCAUUUGAGGAGAUCAAGGAUACGCUAGGGUUUAACCGUUAUUAUGAAGAGGAAAAGCGAUACGUUGCAUCACCAGCUCAAUCAUCCUUUUGGAGUGGUAAUUAUGAUUAUACAAGUGAAGCUAGCAGUUCAGGAGACACCAAGUCCAGGACUGAGAAAUCACAAGAACCUAUUAUUGACAUACUGCCACAGCUCUAUGAUCCUGGUUCCGCUGGAGGCAGAGGUCCUUCAGGUGGGAUGUGGUCCCGCACACUUCGAUUGAAGAUUACAGGAAGAGAUGGGGUCCAGAAAAUUGAUGCCAGGAUACCUGCUGGAUUCUUAGAAGGGAUGACAAAAGUUAUUCCAGGCCUGGCUGGAACUAAUAUCAUGGAAAGGCUUCGGAACGCGCCUAUGGAUUCGGACAACCCCCAGAACGGGCAGAUACUGCUUGAUUUUGAGGACGGCAGGGGAGAUAGGAUCCAGGUUUUCAUCGCGUGAGCGUGUUGUUCGUUGUUGUCGUCCCGGCAUCCGAUACUCAGACGAGCGUCAUGUUCCGUUUGAGUAGUAUAAGCAAAUGGCUGUUACUUGGUAGUAGUUGGUAGGCCCUUGCUGCCUACAUCCAGUUAUGUAAACUCCGCAUCAUACUGCAUGCAUCCAGAACUAGUCUUCCUGUAACCUUCCUCGUCUCAUGGAUGCGGAAGUUAAAUUCGAAUAAAACAAGUUAUGGAAAAGGUAUUCCUCUA